AUGAAAAAAAUUCAGAAUUAUCUGCUGAAAGAACUGCGAAGAGACUUCGUUGUGAAGCGUCAAGCUCCUGUGAAAAUACAGUCAACCGAAGCUCUCUCGAUGAAAGUGGAGAGAGUGUUGAACAAUCCACCCCUCAAACAAAAUAUAAUUCCUGUCGUUGAAGCAAUAAUAGUUCUUGGACGACAAGAGUUGGCUUUGCGUGGACAUCGUGACAGUGGAAAUAUUGUUAUUAAAGACGACUUUACUGGACCGAACGAAGGAAAUUUCAGAGCUUUAUUGAAGCAUAGAGCAAAGGGAGAUCCAAUUCUUCGUAGCCACCUAGAAGGUUCAGGAAAACGGGAUAAAUUUACGAGUCCGUCUAUACAGAAUGAAAUUAUCGACGCUUGUCAUGAAAUUUUGACCCAAAAGGCAAUAUCUAAAAUCAAAGCUGCAAAAUUUUACUCAAUUUUGACGGAUGAAACACAAGAUUUGACUACCAUCGAGCAGGUUAUACUGUGCAUUCGAUAUGUGAGCGAGAAAAACGAAGGCCAUCAUAUUGUGUGUGAAGAUUUUUUGAGGUUUAUCCCAACAGAUACCACUACAGGUGCUGCUCUUGCCGAGCUAGUGAUAGAAAAUCUUCGAAAUUUUGAAUUGGAUAUUUCUUUCUUGAUAGGCCAAGGAUUCGAUGGGGCAAGUAAUACGAGUAUGUCCGGUCAAUAUAAACGUGUUCAGGCAAUUAUACGUAAUAAUUAUGCGCCUCAUGCUUUAUACGUCCAUUGUGCCGCACAUUUUUUGAAUCUUGCUAUAUCCAUCACUAGCAACGUACCAGCCAUCAGAGAUUGCCUCGGUACCCUUGAAAAUGUCUACAAUUUCUUGCAUACACCUAAAAGAAAACCCAUUUUGGAAAACACGAUUGAAGAAUCUGAUGAAACUCCACGAACGAAAUCUUUAAAAAGAUUGAACCUGACUCGAUGGGUUUCGAAAUAUGAGGCCGUCAACGAUUUUUAUGAGUUAUUCCCAUUCGUUUACGAAACUCUAGAUGAAAUGUGA